GGGCCGACUAUUUCGCAUACGACCCCGCCGCGCUGUGCGUCUGCAAGGCGGAGUAUACAGACGCUUCUUGCUACCCACUCUACGCCCCCUACGAAUCAAGCAGCGCCAUGGUCGCAGGCCCAGCUUCAUGCGGGACAUGCUUCCGAGUGGACCAUGACAUGGGCGCCGACUUCAACGGCUGCGGCUACGCGCCCGAGGUGA